GAGAACCACUGCUUUAUAUAAGAGCAUCCGACCCUCAAUACAUCACGUGACUGGAUCCUGGAGCAUCAGUGGCUCGCGUCACGUGACUGGUGUCGACAGCAGACGCUGGAGCCGCUCCACUCCUCUGACAGGGAUCUCGUCUAUGGUUCACUCAAGCCCAGCCAGGUCAUGUCACUAAAGAUGGAAAUGGAUGCCAGUGGAACGUCCAGGGCACCCAUAUCUGUUCUGUCUGCUGCUGAGGUCAAAACCACCCUGAAGCCUGAACCCGACAAACCCCGAUGCUCCAGUACUCCCUGCUCCCCGAUUAAAAGUACUGUCUCAGGAUACCAAAUCCUUCACAUGAACUCCAACUAUCUAGUGGGCUUCACCACUGGUGAGGAGCUUCUUAAAUUAGCCCAGAAGUGGUCUAGUCCUGACAACAGCAACACAGAGGCCUUGCCCAGCCCCAUCAAAAAGCCUGUGGAUGUAAGUCUGCACCGAGCCUCACGGAUUUGCAAAGCCAAAAGCCGCUACUACCAACCAUAUGACAUCCCAGCCAUCAACGGACGUAGGAGGCGGCGCAUGCCCAGCUCAGGCGACGGCUGCUUGAAAUCUCUAGUGAGCGGGGAGCCCGGCAAGGCUUUACAUGGCCCGCUGCCCCUCUGCCUGUUAAAAGGCAAACGGGUGCACUCCAAGUCCCUGGACUACCUCAAUCUAGACAAGAUGAGCCUCAGGGAGCCGGCGGACACUGAAGUGCUGCAGUACCAGCUGCAGCAUCUGAAUUUGCGGGGCGAGCGUGUGUUUACCCGCAACAAGACAUGAGUCCUCAGAUGCCCAGCACUGCAAUGCUCACCUGCCCGGCUGCAAUGUAGGGCCUUGAUUUUUACCACUCUUCCCCACUACGCCAUACAUAGACCACUAAUCUUCUUUGUUAACCAGAGGUGUGAUGAAACACCGUGAGGCCCAGUUAGGGGAAACUUUAAAGGAGUAGUUCAUCUGUCAUUAUGUACUCACCCUCAUGUUCUUUCACACUGUUAUUUUUUGUUUCUAUGGAAUAAAAAAAGCUCAUUUUAUACAAGAACAGUUGUUGGUGACCACAGCUGUCACAUCCAUAUGGAUAUAUGUGCUAUAUUCAAAGUUUGCUAAAGACAUAGCUUUGUGUGGGGAACAGGCCAAAAUUUGUUAUUGAUGCGAAAGCUCUGAAAUUUCAUCUGUGUCCAGCAAAGAAAGACUUUGAUUUCAGUCUGUCACACAAAACUAUCAAGAUACUUUGGAAAACUUGGAAUAAAAGUUGUACUAUCGCUAUAUAGAGUUGUAGCGUAGUCAGACUAAUUAUAUGGUGGGGCUGCACGACUAAUCGAAAUAAGACCAACAUCACAAAAUGGCUUAGUGCGAUUGUCAAAUCGCAAAGGCUACAAUGUAAUUAAAUAAAUACCUGUAUAUGUGUGUUUCAGAGUGAAGCAUGGCACUGUGUUCCUUUACACACGAGCAGCUCAAGAUCUGGUGUUUUCUGCAUCUGCUUUGAGUUUGAGUCGCUUUAACGUGCGUUUGGGAACAACAACAUGAGACAACCAUCUUCACAAACUUGUAAUGAGAGGCUGUUGUCAACAAAAGAGAAAUUUUGAGGGCUCCCUUUAGUUUUCCGCCCCAAAAAAGGUUUAAUUUUUGAAAAGGAAUUAAGACAGCCAUAAACAUUAUAGUAUUGUAAUUUAUGGUGCAGCCCUACAAACAAGUACAUUAAACCUGGAGAUGUUUUUAUAAGUCACAUUUUAAAUCGCAAUCUCAGUUUGAAAUUGUGCAGCCCUAUUAUAUGUGUUUUUAUAGAACUAGUGUCAAAGUGACAGAUAGGGCUGGGACAAUUAAUCGAUUCUCGAUUCACAAUACAAUGAUUCUGGAUCGAUUCUUAUAUUUUCUUUCCCGAAUCGAUUCUGAGCUUAGUUUUAACAGCAGAUGGCACUCUAUGCUAGUUUUUAACCACACACUCAAAUGCUCAUGAAGAAGAGUACUGGACAGCGAUCGUGUGUUCGGCUGAGUCAUGUAAGUGGUUAAAUAUAGUUACACCUCGGCUCAGAAUGCUUUUAUGACGUGAGAUUAAUGUAAACACAGCCCACUGUGAACUCCCUUGUAAUUCGCUUCAACCUUUUCGAACUUUAUGAAUGAUUAUUUUAGGUUUAAGUGGUGUGUGUAAAGGAACUGGAAGCAAGCAGAGUACGGGUGUUUCUAUAGCCUGUAGUGCCAUCUGCUGUUAAAGACUAAGCUCAGAAUUUCGCGAGAAUCACGAUACAUUGGAAAAUAUCAGAAAUGCUAGAUUCUUUGUAUCUUGAAUCAAUGUAUUGUCCCAGCAGACAUAGUCAUUAUGAACUGAUUUGUAUGAAAAAAAGAACUGUAUUAACCUUUUUUUCCUCCCUCCUUUUUCAGUUUGGAAAGACAUGAGGGUGAGUAAAUAAUGACAUGAGAAUGAAUCCUUUAUCCCCGCAAUGAAUCAUUGUAUAAGUGUGUAUUACAGGGCAUACAUUCAUUGUCAUGGUGAGUUUUUUUAAGAUUAGCAAUAAAUGGUGUGUCUUAAUUACCUAAUUCCUACUGUGUGUGUGUGUGUGUGUGUGUGUGUGUGUGUGUGU